UUAAAAAAUUUGGACAAAGAUUCAACAUGCAGAAUCUAUUGAUCCAAUUCAGCAGAAUUCCUCAGUCCGGAAAUGAACGCGCAGUAGAGAAGACGUACGAAAAUCGCGCUCCGCUAAAUUCGAGCACCAGAUCCUCCAUCUUCCGGGUACUGCGGUUCAAUUUCGACUUUCAGGACUGGCGCUCCGUAGUUCCUGGGCUCCAGGUAUUCUACCUGCUGAAUUUCGACUUCCAGGACGAGCGCUCCGUAGUCCCGGUGCCUCAGAUCCUUUACCUGGUGAGUCUCGAAUUUCAGAACGAGCGCUCCUUAGUUCCUGGGCUCCAGGUAUUCUACCUGGAGAAUUUCGACUUUCGGGACCGGCGUUCCGUAGUUUUUGGGCUCCAAGUCGUGUACCUGGUGAAUUUCGACUUUCAGGACUGGCGCUCCGUAGUUCCUGGGCUCCAGGUAUUCUACCUGCUGAAUUUCGACUUCCAGGACGAGCGCUCCGUAGUCCCGGCGCCUCAGAUCCUUUACCUGGUGAGUCUCGAAUUUCAGAACGAGCGCUCCUUAGUUCCUGGGCUCCAGGUAUUCUACCUGGAGAAUUUCGACUUUCAGGACUGGCACUCCGUAGUUCCUGGGCUCCAGGUAUUCUACCUGCUGAAUUUCGACUUCCAGGACCGGCGCUCCGUAGUUUUUGGGCUCCAGGUCGUGUACCUGGUAAAUUUCGUCUUUCAGAACUGGCGCUCCGUAGUUCUUGGGCUCCAGGUAUUCUACCUGCUGAAUUUCGACUUCCAGGACGAGCGUUCCGUAGUCCCGGCGCCUCAGAUCCUUUACCCGUGAGUUUCGAAUUUCAGGAUGAAUGCUCUUUAGUU